CCUAGUAUCAUUGCUGUCUUUUACUAUUUUACUCCAGGGUAAAUAUAUAUAAGUCACUCAGUCACUAGUACUAAACCCAAAGUGAAAAGAGACUUUUGAGUUGGAGAUGAGAAAACCGGCGGUGCUGUACCACUAUCCUUGCCCGGACGGCGCGUUUGCUGCUCUGGCGGCGCACCUCUAUUUCUCAGCCAAGUCCGUCGAACCCUUGUUCUUCCCUAACGCCGUCUACAGCCCCGUCACGACCCAAAGCCUCCCUCUUUCUGACAUCGGCGACCUCUACCUCCUCGACUUCGUGGGCCCACCUGGGUUUGUCCAGGAGGUCUCUGCCGAGGUCCCCAACGUCGUCGUUUUGGACCACCACAAGACCGCGAUCGGAAGAGUGAGCGGUGAGAACGUGACCAGCGUUCUGGACAUGAACAGGAGCGGGGCCACCAUUGCUUUCGACUAUUUCAGGGGCAAGAUUGACGGCGGCGACACGGCGAGGUUUGACGGCGUUAGGAGGCUGUUUGAGUAUAUUGAGGAUGGGGAUUUGUGGCGGUGGGGGCUUCCUGAUAGUAAAGCUUUCAGUAGCGGAUUCAAAGAUUUGAACUUGCAGUACGACGUCGGAUUGAACCCGGCUCUGUUCCAACAGCUGCUUUCUUUGGACUUGGAGUGUUUGAUUAGUCGAGGAGUGGCGAGCUUAUCAGAAAAGCAGAAAUUGAUAGACGAAGCUCUGAGUCAGGCUUAUGAAAUCAAACUUGGAGGUGGAGCUUUUGGUCAUUGCCUGGCUGUCAAUGCAGAUUCUAUAUCAGAGUUGAGGAGUGAACUCGGACAUCAGUUGGCUACUAAAAGCCGCAGCCUAAACUUAAGGGGUAUUGGAGCUGUUGUAUACAUAGUCCCUGAGCUCGAAAAUGACGAAUUGCUAAAGAUAAGCCUUAGGAGUGUGGACAGUGAAGACACAACUCUCAUCUCACAGGAAUUUGGAGGCGGUGGACAUAGAAACGCCAGUUCUUUUAUGUUAGGAUCCGCAGAAUUCGAGCGGUGGAAGGUUGGCCGAGCAAUCAUUGCUGGCUCUGGAAAAUGUACAGGAUAACAUGUUGGUCGAAAUGAUGGUCUCUCUGCCUAAUUUAGUUGGUGAAAUUAAGUGAGAUUAAUGAUAUGGGAAUCAAGAAGGUCAACACAAAUGCAAUUGCUGACUUAAAUUGUCAAGUAUAGAUUGGAGAGUAAACGAUUACAUCAUAUUAUAUGUGCUUUUAUUCCA